AUGGCCUCUACGAGUGUCGAUUACGGCACAAAGCCAGCGUCGAUUGUUGAUGCUAGAGGCUCGCCGGGCACGUCGAUUCGAUCGUCUAACGAUCAAGCUGCUGUAUCUCACGAUUCCACGCACCGGAAGUUGAAGCCUCGUCAUAUUCAACUGAUUGGCAUUGGCGGUACGAUUGGCACGGCGCUCUAUGUGCAGAUUGGUCGUCCGUUGAUUCAAGGCGGCCCGGCAAGUCUGUUUAUUGCGUACACGAUAUGGUGUGGAUUCGUCUUAUGCGUAACACUGUGCAUGGCUGAGAUGGCCACAUAUCUCCCCAUAUCCUCGCCCUUCAUUCGCUUCGCUGGCAGGUUUGUCGAUGAAGCGUUUGGAUUCGCAGCGGGUUGGAACUUCUUCGUAUUCCAAGCCGCUCUGGUACCAUUCGAAAUUGUAGCCUGCAACCUCAUCAUUCAUUUCUGGAGCGACGCCGUGCACGCCGGGGUCAUUAUCACUAUCGUCAUAGCACUCUACGCCCUCAUCAACCUCUUAGCCGUAAAAUGGUACGGCGAAACCGAAUUCUGGGCCGCUCUGGGCAAGGUCCUUCUAAUCGUCGGUCUUAUCAUCUUCACCUUCAUAGCCAUGCUAGGCGGCAACCCCCUAGGCGACCGUUUCGGCUUCCGAUACUGGCGCGAUCCAGGGGCAUUCACAUCUCCGCCCGCAUUCUCAUACACGGGCGACACGGGCCGCUGGCUCGGCUUCUUCCAGUGCCUGAUCCAAGCUGCUUUCGCCAUCGCCGGACCAGAUUACGUCUCCAUGGCCGCCGGCGAGGCAGAGAACCCGCGCGUCAUAAUGCCGCGCGCGUACAAAGCCGUCUUCUACCGCCUGACGGCGUUCUUCGUGCUGGGCAGUCUGUGUGUCGGUAUUCUGGUGCCGUACAACGACCAGGACAUGAUUCGGGCGUUUGAGGACGGCGAGCCGGGCGCGGCGGCGAGUCCGUAUGUUGUCGCGAUGAAUAGGCUGCAGAUCAGGGUCUUGCCGCAUAUCGUCAAUGCGAUGGUGCUUGCAUCCGCAUUCUCUGCUGGAAAUAGCUACGUGUACUGCGCGAGCCGCAGUCUCUUCGGUUUGGCUCUCGAGGGGAAAGCGCCGAAGUUUCUUACUAUCUGCAAUCGCAACGGCGUGCCGUACUACUCCGUCGGGAUCGUCCUUCUCAUCGCGCUGCUUUCGUUCCUCCAGCUUUCUGAAAACACUGCUGUUGUGCUGAGUUGGUUUGUCAGUCUUGUGACGGCGUCUCAGCUGCUCAAUUUCAGUGUCAUGUGCUUCACUUUCCUGCGAUUCAAGAAGGCGUGUGAGGCACAGGGUCUGAAUCGCAAUACACUGCCGUUCCGCGCGCUCUUCCAGCCGUAUAUCGCGUAUAUCGGGCUUACGGGCACGCUGCUGAUGGCGAUUGUGGGUGGCUAUGCGGUGUUUUUGCCCGGGCAGUGGGACGUGCCGACGUUUUUGUUCUCGUACUUUAUGAUUGGCGCCUUUCCCGUGCUGUAUAUUGGAUGGAAGGUCAUUCACAAGACGAAAUUCAAGGCCCCGAGCGAGGUCGAUUUGUAUAGGGAUGUGGCUGAAAUUGAGGAGUAUCAGCGGACCUAUGUGCCUGAACCACCGAAAAACACGGUUGACAAGUGGUUCAACAAGAUUUUUAGCUGA